AUGGACGACCCCGCGAUGGAGCCGCUCGCGGCCGCCGAUGCUAUUGCGCACUCCCGCCGACGCCCCUCGGCUUCGAAACCUGCCUCUGUCUCUCACGAUGCUGUCAAGCCACGAUCCCAAGCGAACGAUGCCGGCGCGCUCGACCCCGACACCUGCCGCAUUUGCAGAGGCGAGGCGACCGCCGAAGAACCGCUAUUCUACCCUUGCAAAUGCAGCGGCAGUAUCAAAUAUGUUCACCAGGAUUGCUUGAUGGAGUGGCUCUCUCAUUCCCAGAAGAAACACUGCGAGUUGUGCAAAACUCCCUUUCGCUUCACAAAGCUAUACUCGCCCAAGAUGCCCAAGACACUCCCGGCCCACGUCUUUGUCGGUCACAUGGCCAAGUAUCUCUUCAGGAACGUUCUGGUAUGGCUGCGGGCUGCCCUGGUCAUCAGUGUCUGGCUUUGCUGGUUGCCCUAUCUCAUGCGGUCUGUUUGGGCGUUCCUGUUCUGGGUCAGCGACGAGGGUCUGGGUAGUGGUGCUCUGUGGAACAGCUCAAACGCAACAGUCAGUCGAGGCGUCUCGGUGGCGUUCUCUGUCGCCAAUUCCAAUGUCUGCCCGGCUUCGCCUCUGCUCGAACCGACCACGACGCCCGCGAAUCUGGGAGGAAUGUUAAAAGAUAUCAUCAAAGGCCAAGAACUACCUUUUAGCCGAUCAUUCCACGGCGUCAACAUUACCACCAACGACUCCAUGACGGCAGCCCUCAUGAGGAUGCUGCUCGGAUCCAUCACUUCGUCUGGGUCUGGGAAUUCGAGCUCAAUAUCUGCCGGUGCAAGUGAUCCCGUUCUCGAUCGCCACCCCUCCUUAUUGAGCGGCGUGUCCUGGUUGCGCAACAUGACCCGGUACCCAGUCGUGAAUCGCACCAUCAUCGGCGUGCUAGAGGGCCAGAUCAUUACAAUAUUGGUCAUUAUCUCGUUCAUUCUCGUCAUCCUGGUCCGCGACUACGUCGUUCAGCAACAACCCGAGAUCAACAUGCGGGCCGCCUUUGCCGCCAACGACAACGCACAACCCCAGCCUCAGCCUGAACCGCACCACCAACAUGAAAAUCACUUCCACGACCACGGCCACGACCAUGAGCACGCGCAUGAUGGUGCUGGUUUGCUCGAUGAUUUUGGCGCUGCAGAUUUGAGAGGACCAAGUGACAGCGAGGACGACGAUGAUGAAUCUCUUACCGGCGAUCGAACCGGUAGCCAGGAUGGUUUGCCUCACAUGGCUUGGGAUGAACGGGAACCGACGGCCGAGCUCGCAGCCCCCCUCCAAGCGAGGACACUCGGCGGGUUCCGGCCCGCUCAAGGAGGCCCUCAACCGGACUUCGAUUUCAAUACUCCACCAGAGGGCGGUUCCAACAAGGACCCGACCCCGGUAGCGACGGUUCACGAGUACCUUCGUAUCUACCGACAGGCCAAUGGCGACCCCGAGAAGAUCCUCAAAAUCAUCGAGGAGGAGAAAUUGGACGAACCGCUGGGCUACUGGGCGAGGAUCACAAAGUCGAUGAUGGACAAGAACCGAGAAACGGGGGGUUCGCAGCCGAAGAAGAGCGAAUCUGGAGCUGAAGGAUCUUCCGACUCCCGAGAUUCGCAAGCCACUGCUCCAUUUUCGGUCCAACUGCCCGCCCCUUCCACUCCACAGUUCUCGUGGCCGCCGCAAACCCCGGGCGAGAGCACCAUCAAUGGAACAGGAAAGGGUAAGGAGAAGGAACCACUGCCAGAUUUUGAUAAGGAAUCUAGUCUGGGAGACGCAGAUACAACCACUUCGACGUCGACUCCUUUCCAGAGUCCUCUUCGGCCUCGUUCCGUUUCCGAUGGCCCACAGAUGAACAAUAGUAUCAAUCCACUAGCGAACAACAGUUGGUCAUUCUCUGGCUUGAACACUGCGCCACAAGCCGAAUCCCAGGUUCAGGAGCCAAUGCAAUCAUUUGGCUUCGAUUCACAGGGACAAGAAUUCGGUCUGCCCCCAGGCCGCUUCACACCACCGCGGAGUAAUACCCCGGAUUUUGGUUCUGAUGCGGAACCUGAUUUUGAGACGGUGGAACCGAUGCACGAAAACGGGCUGUUUGGAUUCAAUGAGCCACAGAUGCAACUGCCGGAUUUCAUUGGGCCGAGGCAACAAAAUGGUAUCCCUGAGGAACCGCUUGAGGACACCAACGGCUUGCCUCAAGAUGCUGAAGAUGGUCGGGUAGCCCAGCGGCCGCCUCUCCAGAGAGGAGUCAUGGAUCGCGUCGCCGAUUUCAUGUGGGGUGAUAUCGAGGUACGAGAGUUGGACAUUGGUGGCCGAGACGACGAAGCCGCUCAUGAUUUGGAGGAUCAUGAUAGUGACGACGAUGACUUUGACGACGAUCUGGACGACGAUGAGCAAGACGCCGUGGAGCAAGACCGCGAAGUCGUCGAAGCUGCUGUGGCCGCUGGGCUUGACCCCGAAGCCAUUGACGAUGCCGAAGAUUUCGAGGGCAUCAUGGAACUGAUCGGUAUGCGUGGGCCCAUUGCCGGCCUCUUUCAAAACGCCAUCUUCUGCGUUGUGCUGGUUUCGGUCACAAUUUUCGUGUGCGUCUUCAUUCCUUACAACCUUGGACGUGUUGGUGUCUGGGCUGCCAUGAAUCCAAUGCGCCUUGUGCGUAUGCUCUUCAGCACGACGAAGUUCAUCCAAGACGUCGCUGUCGGCAUCAUGAGCGGACUGACCAGCCUUACCCUGUGCUUCAUUUACACAACGGGGCGUAUGAUGGGCUUCCCAGCUAAAAAUGGCGUUGGCUUGCUCAUGAAGAAGACCUUCGACAUUUUCAUGAGUGCUUCGAGCCGGGUCCUCGAGAGUCUGACCAGCGAACUACCCAUCAUAUCAACCACCGAGAUGCAGAACUUUUCCGCCAUCAGCCACGAGGCACUGCUCAGUUUCAAGUCCUAUCUCUCGGGCUCCUUUGCUGCUGUGGGAGAUGUACUAAGCGCAAUCUUCGACCGCGAUCUCAUUGCGAACACCAAGUAUGCGGCGUCACUCUCGGCGAACGCAACCGUCUACACGUGGAACGCCGUACAGGAUGUCCCCAUUAGCAUCCUCAACCCCGGAUCAUGGGUAAUCAGCUUCAGCGUGCCGGAACCUUCGACGGCAGUCAACCCUGCGCUCUCCUAUUGGUCAGGUACGGAUCGAUUUUGGGCGAUAUUAUGCGGAUACUUUACCUUUUCCGCAAUCAGUGCACUUUACCUGAAACGGGGAUCACCCUUCUCGACUGGGCAGACGGGUCAAGAGUGGGAAGCCUCGUUGAUCGACUUGCUGAAUCAGGCCAGCGGCGUUAUGAAGGUCAUUCUCAUUAUCAGCAUAGAGAUGCUUAUUUUCCCGCUGUACUGUGGUCUACUGUUGGACGUGGCUCUUCUGCCCCUUUUCGAGGCAACCACCUUGAAAUCGCGGGUCGCCUUCACUAUCAACUUCCCGCUUACCUCCAUCUUUGUACAUUGGUUCGUGGGAACGGGGUACAUGUUCCAUUUUGCCCUGUUUGUAUCCAUGUGCCGAAAGAUCAUGCGGAAGGGUGUUCUCUACUUUAUUCGCGAUCCAGAUGAUCCGGAAUUCCAUCCCGUCCGCGACGUGCUUGAACGCAACGUCGUGACGCAAUUGCGGAAGAUACUCUUCUCUGCCUUUGUGUACGGAGCUUUGGUCAUCGUUUGUCUUGGCGGUGUGGUGUGGGGUCUGGCGCUGUCUCUUCCGAGCGUUCUGCCGAUUCACUACUCCUCCAAUGAGCCCGUCUUGGAGUUCCCCGUCGACCUAUUGUUCUACAACUUUGCGAUGCCUCUAGCAGUCAAAUUCUUCAAGCCCAGCGAUGGCUUGCAUGCCAUGUACACCUGGUGGUUCCGCAAGUGCGCCAGAGGCCUUCGGUUGACUUGGUUCCUCUUUGGCGAGCGCCGCAUUGAUGAAGAGGGCAUUCUGGCGCUGCGUCCUGGCUCGGAUCAUAUUGCCCUCCCUUGGUGGAGGCGGAGCCUCCUAGAGGUCAACAAACAAAACAAGGUGGUACCCAAGACGUGGGAGGAUACAUUUGAAGGUGGCACGGCGAAGCCAACGUCAACCAUCGCAUCUGAUCAGAUGGUCAACCUCAGCCUCAAGAAAGCACGCCUUGUUGGUUCUGGACAGCUUAUUGAAGAGGGCCAGUUUGUCCGGACUCCUGCCUCGGACCAAGUCAAGAUCCCAAAGGGACGACGCGUGUUCAUGCCGGUUUCUGAGAGCAAUACUCGACUGGACGGCAAAGAUGACUCGACCGAUGCCGACCUUUACUCGACGGACCAGUACCAGCUAGUGUACAUCCCGCCGCAUUUCCGAGCCAGAGUCUUUUUGUUCAUCAUGUUCAUCUGGAUCUUUGCCGCCGUGACGGGCGUCAGCUUCACAAUCGUGCCGCUCGUGUUCGGCCGCAAGAUGUUCAAAGUCCUCAUCCCCGCCCACAUUCGUACCAAUGAUAUUUAUGCUUUCAGCAUCGGGAUCUACAUACUGGGUUCCGCAGCAUACUUCCUUUUCCAUGCCCGUUCUAUCUUCAGGAAGAUGACGUCGUGGGCGUCCUCAAAUCUGCAGUCUGUGUGGCAGAGUGAUGCGCCCAUGCGAGUUGCGCUCAUGGGCAUUCAUACUGCCAGGCUUGCUUACGCAUACACGAUCCUGCUGGUCGUCUUUCCUCUCAUCCUGACCGCACUCAUGGAAUUAUACUGCCUCAUUCCUCUUCACACAUACAUGUAUCCACCCACACCUUACGUUGUUGGGACAAACAACAGCGGCCAGUUCAAAGACGGCAUCGCAGUGUCGAGCCAGCAUACGGCGAGAGUCAUACAGUCCUGGACACUGGGCUUGCUCUACGCCAAGCUCGGGGCUCGGGCCAUCACCAGCCUGUACGAUGGCACUCGUAUGGCGCAAGCUGUCCGCGCCGUUCUCCGCCGUGGAUGGCUUCAGCCCGACGUUCUCGUAUUGACGAGGGCUUUUGUGGUUCCAUGCCUGCUCAUUGGCGGCCUGGCGAUCUUUGGACCCCCUUAUGCUGUGGGUUGGAUGGAAUCGCGCGGCGUACUUGGAGUACCACCGCCUGCACCCCACGAACUCAAGAUGAUUUAUCGUCUUUCAUAUCCCGCGGCGGCGUUCGGUGCGCUAGCGGCCAUGGCAUUCUGGAGCAUCGUAGGCGUCUUCAACAAUUGGAAGGCGCGUAUUAGAGAUGAGGCCUAUCUUAUCGGAGAGAGGCUUCACAAUUUCGGCGUCGGUGCCGCGGGGGCUGCCGGUGCGCGGGGCCCGUGGCGGAUCAGGGGUCGACCGUAG